AUGUCCAAAUCGAAGGGCGUUGUACUGAUCACAGGCUCCGCAGCAGGUAUCGGCCGCGCGAGCGCGCUCAAGCUUGCGAGCGACGGCUUUGACAUUGCUGUCAACGAUCUUACAAGCCAGAAGGAUGGCUUGGAGACGCUGGCGCAGGAGAUCGAGAACCUGGGCAGGAAGUCAUGCGUGCUACCCUGCGAUGUAACAAAUGAGGACGCGGUGAAGGAGCUGGUCGCGAGCACAGUGCAGAAGCUUGGGUCACUCGACGUCAUGGUUGCCAACGCAGGCAUGUUCAUGACCCCGACCCCUAUCAACGAAAUCGAGCAGCCGUUCUUCGAAAAGAUCUUCGCAGUCAACGUUCACAGCGUCUUCUUCUGCUUCAAACACGCCAGCAACCAGAUGAUCGCCCAGGGCCGCGGCGGGCGCCUCAUCGCCGCCACGUCGCUCUCGGGCCGCACUGCUUUCAGCAACCUGAGCGCGUACUGCGCCUCCAAGUUCGCCGUGCGCGGCUUGUGCGCCACUGCUGCGCUCGACCUGGGCAAGUACGGUAUCACGGCGAACUCGUACGCUCCGGGGGCGAUUGCUACCCAGAUGACUGGGCUGGAUACGAAUCCCGAGUUGAAAGCAUUGAUGGAGACCAAAGCUGCUUUGGGGAGGACGGGGACCCCUGAGGACGUAGCAGGUGUAGUGUCGUUCCUAGCCUCCGAAGAGUCAAAGUUCGUCUCGGGGCAAUGUAUUGGGUGCGAUGGCGCAUGGAUAAGCUAG